AUGGCAGCAAUCGGCAGACGCAGGGUAAACAACAGGCCAGCCAGCGCCCGGCGGACGAGAAGCACCACAGGAGAGACAGCAAGAGAGACAGCUGAGGAGACGCCACCUGGGAAAGAAAUAUUCUUCGUCUUCCUCCCUCUUCUACUCCUCCUCUUCUCUUCUUCUUCUUCUUCUUCUUCCUGUCCGCGUUUUCUUCUGCUCGUCGAGAAGACUCCCCCUCUCUCCCCACGCCGCAAGCCUCUGCGCAGCCAGAGCACUCGGGUCAGCAACGGCACCAUCAACACAGACCUGAGCGUCUCGUCAGGGCAGGCCUCGCAGCUCUCGCAGGGCACCUCGGUCACCGUCCCGCCGUCAUACUCGAAGAAGUUCGUGGUCGUGGGGGACGGCGGCUGCGGCAAGACUUGUCUCCUUAUCAGCUACUCCCAGGGAUACUUUCCAGAGAAAUACGUCCCGACUGUGUUUGAGAACUACAUCUCGCACACCAUACACAAGCCGUCGGGUAAAGGCGUCGAGCUGGCUCUAUGGGACACCGCAGGACAGGAGGAGUAUGACCGACUACGCCCCUUAUCCUACCCAGAGACAGACCUACUCUUCGUCUGCUUCGCCAUUGACUGUCCUGUCUCGCUAGAAAACGUCAUGGACAAGUGGUACCCUGAAGUACUGCACUUCUGCCCAACAACCCCCCUCAUACUCGUGGGCCUCAAGUCCGACCUUCGCUCAAACCGUACCUGCAUCGACUUCCUCAAGGCCCAGGGUCUCACCCCCGUCACUCCACAGCAGGGCCAGACCGUUGCAGAGCGCAUGGGUGCAACAUACGUCGAGUGCAGCAGCAAACAGAUGAUUGGCGUCGACGAGGUGUUUGAGCUUGCCGUCAACACCGUCAUCGACAUCGAGGAGAGUGCCUCCAAGGACUCGUCUAGGGGUAAGGGCGGCAAGAAGGUGAAGAAGAGAAGUUGCAAGAUCCUCUAA